AUGGCAAAACUAAAGGAACACUUCUUGAAGCUGCAUGGAGACGGGGAAUACAAGAACACAACACUUGCUGAAUUCAAGGUGAAGAGAGCCAGAUUAGAUGAAAGGCCCACUCUGCCUGCUCUUGGAUUUGUACCCGUUAACAAACCAAUCCUCACAGCAUCGUACGAAGUUGCUUACCUGAUCGCAAAGCAGGGCAAGCCACACACCAUUGGUGAAACACUUGUGAAACCAGCCGCGUUAAAGAUGGCGAAUCUGAUACUCGGAACAGCGACCGAAGGUAAAUUAUCACAAAUUCCUCUUUCAAAUGACACCGUCAGCGACAGAAUAGAAGACAUGAGUAAAGACAUCUUGGCUCAAGUAAUCGCCGAUCUGAUUUCAAGCCCGGCAAAAUUCAGCCUUCAGCUCGAUGAGAGCACAGACGUUGCUAAUCUAAGCCAGCUUACUGUUUUUGUGCGCUAUGUGAAAGAUGACAUGAUAAAAGAAGAUUUUUUAUUUUGUAAGCCUCUUACAACAACAACUAAGGCAGCCGAUGUGAAGAAGCUUGUGGAUGACUUCUUCAGAGACAACAAUCUUUCAUGGGACAUGGUUUCUGCAGUUUGUACGGAUGGAGCUCCCGUCAUGCUGGGAAGAAACUCUGGUUUUGGUGUGCUAGUAAAAGCCGAUGCACCACACAUCAUUGUGACUCAUUGUAUUUUGCACAGGCAUGCGUUGGCAACAAAAACCUUGCCUCCAAAAAUGGCAGAAGUAUUAAAAACCGUGGUGGAAUGUGUGAACUAUGUGCGAAAUAGUGCUCUGAGGCACCGCAUCUUCAGUGAGCUGUGUAAAGAAAUGGGCUCUGAAUUCGAGGUACUUCUGUACCAUUCUAGUGUUCUGUGGUUAUCCCGGGGGCAGGUGCUGAAUCGUGUUUUUGCCAUGCGUGUGGAAUUGGCCCUGUUUUUGCAAGAGCACCAACACCGUCAUGCAGAUUGCUUCAAAAAUCCUGAGUUCAUUCUCAUUUUAGCGUACAUUGCUGAUAUAUUCGCAGCUCUCAAUCAUCUCAAUCAGCAGAUGCAGGGUGGUGGAGUCAAUAUCAUCGAAGCGGAAGAACACCUGAAGGCUUUUCAAAAAAAGCUAACGUUAUGGAAACGACGAACAGAGAACAAUAACUUUGCAAACUUCCCCCUUCUGGACAACUGUGUAUGUAAGGUCGAAGAUGUGUCUGGAAUCGGAGAUGUUUCUGUAUCCACGGAACUGAAGCAAACAAUUGCAACGCACUUAGAUGAGCUUGCAAAGUCUCUCGACAGAUAUUUCCCUACAAGAGAGUCAUAUCCAGCAUGGGUGAGACAGCCGUUCACGUUUGCUGUUGAGACAGCAGAUGUCAGUGAUGAAUACCUUGACGAAAUCAUUGAAAUUCAGCAGAGCCAG